UCCCUCGCAGGAUGCCGUGGUGCCGUGGCUCGGUUGCCAGGAGACGUUUGAGGCACAGCUAGCGACGAUGGAGAAGUAUGAGAAAAUCAAAGUUGUUGGCAGAGGAGCUUUCGGGAUUGUGCACCUGUGCCGCAGGCGCGGCGACGGGGCCUUUGUCAUCCUGAAAGAGAUCCCGGUUGAGCAGAUGUCACGAGAUGAACGCCUGGCAGCCCAGAACGAGUGUCAAGUGCUCAAGCUGCUCCACCACCCAAAUAUCAUAGAGUACUACGAAAACUUCCUGGAGGACAAGGCCCUGAUGAUAGCGAUGGAGUAUGCACCAGGAGGGACCCUGGCUGAAUACAUACAGAAGCGCUGUAACUCCCUGCUGGACGAAGACACCAUCCUUCACUUCUUCGUGCAGAUCUUACUCGCUCUGUACCACGUGCACAACAAGCUAAUCCUGCACCGUGACCUCAAAACUCAGAACAUUCUGCUGGACAAGCACCAGAUGAUCGUCAAAAUCGGAGACUUCGGCAUCUCCAAAAUCCUCGUCAGCAAGAGCAAAGCUUACACGGUAGUCGGGACUCCGUGCUACAUCUCCCCGGAGCUGUGUGAGGGAAAGCCAUACAACCAGAAAAGUGACAUCUGGGCUCUGGGCUGUGUCCUGUAUGAGCUGGCGAGCCUUAAGAGGGCCUUUGAGGCGGCUAAUCUACCUGCCCUUGUUCUGAAGAUCAUGAGCGGUACCUUCGCUCCGAUAUCGGACCGGUACAGCCCAGAACUCCGGCAGCUCAUCCUCAACAUGCUCAACCUGGAUCCAUCUAAAAGGCCCCAGCUCAAUGAAAUAAUGGCUUUGCCCAUAUGCAUCAGGCCCCUACUGAAUCUUUACACAGAUAUAGGCAAUGUGAAAAUGCGCAGGAUUGAGAAACCACUGUCCACUGUGCAGCAACGAGGCAGACCAGGAGGGCGAGUUCCGACCAACAGGACCAUGGAUGGAUCAGUGGGCUUUGGGUCGGGAAAAAUGCAUUCGCUCCCACUGUCCUCUGUGUACACGUGGGGAAGUGGGAUCACAGCGCCUCUCCGUCUGCCGAUGCUUAACACCGAAGUGCUUCAAGUGUCUCUGGGUCGGACACAAAAGAUGGGAGUCACCAAGUCUGGCCGUCUGAUUACCUGGGAGGCUCCGUCGGCCGUGUCCGGGGAGACCAGUCUUCCAGGCGCGGUGGAUCAGAUGCAGCCGCCGUUCAUUUCCCGCUUCCUUGAGGGUCAGUCAGGUGUCACCAUCAAGUCUGUGUCCUGUGGAGACCUGUUUACCACCUGCAUGACAGACAGAGGUAUUAUCAUGACAUUCGGAAGCGGAAGUAACGGCUGCCUGGGACAUGGUAACUUCAAUGACGUAACACAGCCUAAGAUUGUGGAGGCCCUCCUCGGCUACGAGUUGGUCCAGGUGUCCUGCGGAGCCUCUCAUGUUGUCGCUGUGACCAAUGAAAGAGAAGUGUUUGCGUGGGGGAGAGGAGACAACGGUCGCCUCGGCCUGGGCACCCAGGACACCCACAACUGCCCCCAGCAGGUGUGUUUACCUGCAGAGUUCGAGGCCCAGAGGGCGGUGUGCGGCGUCGACUGCUCCAUGAUUAUCAGCACGCAGGGCGGCAUUCUGGCAUGUGGAAGCAACAGGUUCAACAAGCUUGGUCUGGAUAAGAUUACAGCUGGAGAGGAACCGGAUCCUGUCGAUCAAGUCGAAGAAGUUCAUUCUUACACUCCGGUUCAGUCGGCCCCGCUCAACACUGAGAGGAUUGUUUACGUCGACAUUGGAACGGCCCAUUCUGUUGCUGUUACAGAAGAGGGUCAGUGUUAUACGUUCGGCAGCAACCAGCACGGUCAGAUGGGCUGCAGCUCCCGGCGCAGCAGCCGCGUGCCCUACAUGGUGCUCGGCCUGAAGGACAUCACCUCGGCUGCCUGUGGAGACGCUUUCACCCUGGCCAUUGGAGCCGAAGGGGAGGUGUACACAUGGGGAAAGGGGGCCCGCGGUCGCCUCGGCAGAAAGGAGGAGGAUUGUGGGAUACCGAAGCCCGUGCAGCUCGACGAGAGUCACCCGUUCGUGGUGACAUCAGUGGCUUGUUGUCAUGGCAACACUCUGCUGGCAGUGAAACGUAAUAUCUUGCUUAUUACCCUCAGUUAUCAAGCGCUGUGGUGAAAUCUAACUAAUCUGAUGAAAGGGCGUCCGAACUCCAGACAGACUUCUUCCGAUGGAGUCAGAGGGACGCUUGUUUGCCUACGAGCAAAUGUUGGGAGACUUCAGAAGCUCGGGAGCAGCAAACGCACGAUUAUUUCUGCCAAAUCUGCUUAUUCAGGAGUUAAUUUUGCACAAAACAGAUGUCUGCGACAUUAGAGGACGUUAAAAGGGGUCUCCUAAAUAUUUGCAAUGACGGCGGUCGACUCUCAUUGUCAUGUUGGAGAUAUUUAGCAGCAUCCAUCUUAUCAUCAAAUGUGACCCGCUGAAGGAAAGUGUACCCAACGUUUGAUGUAUCAAAGUAAAGGGGACUAUGUUGAUGGUUGCAACAUAGGUAAAAAAAAAUAAUGAAAGAACUCGAUGGGUCUGAAUAUUUUUGGAUGGCUCUGUAUCCAAAAAUACUGUAAUUUAACAUCAAAUAUAACGACAACUUUACCCGAUAUGACUUCGUAAUUAAAUUUAUUUAUUCUGCCAGUACGUCCGUAGACAUACAUACAGAAGGUUUUCUGUGAAGCAUUGAUGUUUUUGUCUUGUGCUCUGAUACAAACUUAAGUUAAAUGUCUCUGAUCAGUCAGCAAGCAUACACAACCCGUUCAGUUUGACAUAAAAGACUCUAUGGAUGCUUAGUGAUUGAAGAAUUUUAAGCAAUCUUUGGACUGCUUGAAAUCUCCGCAGAGAGUUAAUAAAGAAAAACAUAAUUUAUUGAUAUUUCAGAUUUAAAAUGAGAGCAAGAUCACAGUUUCUCAUGUCUAAAAGCUGCAGCUGUGACUGCCAAGGGUGCAACACUGUGUGCUGCAGUCUUAAAAAAAAUGUUGUUUUCCUCCAAAAGAAGCGCAGCGAUAACUUUUAGAUUGAAGGGACAUUGGACUGAAUCUCAUUCUGAGUACUUUUUUCUCUCAUUAGAGCAGGUCAGGAGAAGCAGAGAGGAAAGGAGCAGAGUGUUGUUUCUCAGCGAGGCAAAGAAACAUUCAAUGGUCACAGUUCAGAUUAUCUCAUCAAGUCAUCUCAUACAGAGACCUCUCUGGUGUCCAUCUCUGUCACAUCACAGCCCACCUCCACCCAAACGCUGCAUCAUUCUCACGUGUCUGACUCCAUCAGCGUCACGUCUGUUUUUAUUGAUGCUGGGUAUGUUUCUCAGUCCCAGCGGAGUUGUGCCGCUCCCCCUGCCCUCAGGCGUUUUGAUCUAUGUUGACGGAAACCGGAGUCAUGGCAUCAGAUUUACAGUGUUUUGCUAAACCCUUUGACAUUAUGUCAGGUUCCAACCCUAUACUUUAAUGUAUGUUGUCGAGAUUUUAAUGCGUCGACCAAUCUCUGGAUAGACCAUCAUGAUGCAGAGCAGUUUUGAAGUGGAAUGACAACUUUUUCUUAGAUACCCCUAAAUAAAGUCCGUGCCCCUAAACUGACAGGGCAGGCAACGAGGAUUACCUCUGGAGGAUCUGCAGGAGAUCCACUGCUCAGGUCUGAAUAUGAGUCGUGUGCUACCCAGAAAAGCUUCUGAGAGUAUUUUGGAGG